UAACCACGUUUGAUUAAUUGUAUCUUGAUUCAAAAUCCUUUUGCAUCAUUUGCGUAAAAGUCAGAUUAAAAGUGAGAUUCCGGUGCUACUAGUCAUAGAUGUCCGCUCAGCUGGAAGGAGGCCUGCAGCUGGAGACCACAGCAAAACUUAAUGUACUAAAAUCCGAAGAAAUAGUUGACGUGACAAAUCCUGACGGAUGCCCUGUGCAGCGCGGCCGCCCCGGGGACGGAGCAGAGAAUAAAAUGUCCCUGUCUCCAGAGCGCCAGCAGCAGAAACCACGCAAGAUGACCCGGAGCCCCAAAUGUGCCCGCUGUCGGAACCACGGCGUCGUUUCGUGUUUGAAAGGCCACAAACGCUUCUGCCGCUGGAGGGACUGUCGCUGUGCCUGCUGCCUGCUGGUGGUGGAGCGGCAGCGCGUCAUGGCAGCGCAGGUCGCACUGAGGCGGCAACAGGCUGCGGAGGUGAGGAGAGCACAAGGGCAGGGUAAGAAGGGCGUUAGGUGUGCAGCACCAUUGCGGAGGACGGCAUAUCAGCGUUACACCAGAGCAGCUGAGCCAAGCAUCCUGGCUAAGAGCAUCCUGCAGGGGCUCAAACCCGUGGUGCCGCUGGAGGACAACACCUCCUGUUGGUCAAAGCAGCCACAGCGCGACCACUUUACAUGCCCCUCCAUCAGCGCCCGGAUGAGGAAGAGGAGAGCCUUUGCUGACAAGGAACUGGAGAACGUGAUGCUGGAGCGGGAGCUGAGGCAGCGAGAGCUACAGAGUGACCUUACCUUUUCCUCCUCUGCCCUCGUUCCUAUGCUUCACCCUCCACCCCAGCCCAUUUCCCCGAGCCUUCACUGCUGCCCGCUCAACAAGGACCCCAACACUGCAGGAACAUCCAGCUAUGUGCCUGUUUAUAAAUAUAAGCCUCUGUAUGAGUGUGACUUCCACUUCUAUCAGUUCUUCCAACUGAAGAGCAGGUCAACUAUAGAAGGUGACUAUAAUGACUUCUUGUUAUGCCGAAGCGCAGAGCACAGCAGGGAAGAGGAGGAUGAGGUGCAGAGUGGCUGGAAAGGCUGUGAGAAGAAAGACCAAUCAGAACUGAUACGUCUACCAUCACAACAAAGGCUCAAACAUCAUGACAACACCUUGACAGGUCUGGAUCUUGUCAAAGCGCCCUCAAAACCAACAGAAAUAAUAGACUCAAGUGGCUCUUCAACCAUUACACGCUCAAUUUUUGGAUCAGAUCAGGGUAUCCAGGGCAUGCCAGAUAUCAGUGCAGCCAGCAGGACUUUUGAUCCCUCACUUCUGACAGCUAAGGGCUGGUGCGCAGACACUCCUGUCACCCAGGCAGGUUCUCAUGCCGACUCUGUCAAGAGCUCUCAUGGCAGCUCAGUCAGGACUCCAGCUGUGAGGCCAUUACCUUUCUCUGUGGAGGCUCUGCUGAGAGCCUGACAGGCAAAGGCAGUGGAAAGUGGUGCACUGCACUUUGUUUAUGUGCGGACUAAGAAUUGAUGUGGAGGGUAUAAAUAUAAAAAUGGCUAGUUGUAUUACAGGUUUUCUUGACAAGGUCUUGUGGCCAUAAAGUGGCAAUAGGUGAAAUAUUUAAAAACGAUUUCCAGAACAUGAAUUACAGUGUUUGUAUUUUUUAUAUUUCAUGAAAAUGUAUUUUGCUAUACU